UGUCGGAAAAAAGAAUCAUAACUCAAUCACCAUCAUCGUCUCAGUCGUCAUUCUACUUGUAAUCCAACUGUUUCGUAAUUGUGUCGUUGUUUAAGUCGUCAUUCAAAUCGCUUUAAAGAAUUCCCAAACCGUAUUUUUUUUAGUUUGGUUUGAUAUCUAAAAUGGUUUAGUUUUGCUUAGAAUUUUUUGAAACCGUUUUUUCAGUUUUGUUUGAAAAAUGUCUUAAACUGCACAAAAUCAAACUGUGCACACCCCUAGUUUCAAGAAUUCCCAAUCUAGUAUCAGCCGAAAUUUGGAAAUUCCACGAAUGAAUUCGGAAACUGAAGCAGGAGAAAAUCCUGGGAGACAAUGGUCCUUGCAAGACUUUGAGAUCGGAAAGCCCCUGGGCAAAGGCAAAUUUGGCAGAGUAUACCUAGCUCGAGAAUUCAAGAGCAAGUACAUAGUGGCAUUGAAGAUAAUAUUCAAAGAGCAGAUAGAAAAGUACAGAAUUCAUCAUCAAUUGAGAAGAGAGAUGGAAAUACAAACAGGUCUAGUUCACCCUAAUAUACUGCGCCUCUACGGUUGGUUUCAUGACGAUGAGCGAAUAUUCAUGAUUCUUGAGUAUGCACAUGGUGGUGAGCUUUACAGAGAGCUCAGAAAGAGAGGUCAUUUCACUGAAAAGCAAGGCGCUACGUACAUUGCAAGUCUCACUCAUGCCUUGGCAUACUGUCACGACAAGCAUGUGAUUCAUAGAGAUAUUAAGCCAGAAAACUUGUUGCUGGAUCAUGAGGGUCAAUUAAAAAUUGCCGACUUUGGAUGGUCAGUACAGUCAAAAAGCAAGAGAAACACUAUGUGUGGAACAUUGGAUUAUUUAGCACCAGAAAUGGUGGAGAACAAAGCUCAUGAUUUUGCAGUUGAUAACUGGACAUUGGGUAUUCUUUGCUACGAGUUCCUCUAUGGUGCCCCUCCAUUUGAGGCUGAGAGUCAAAAUGACACAUUCAAAAGGAUUGUGAAUGUUGACCUGAUCUUUCCUUCCACUCCUAGUAUCUCAUCAGAAGCCAAAAAUCUUAUCAACCAGCUUCUGGUGAAGGACUCCUCAAAGAGACUUUCUCUCCGGAAGAUUAUGGAGCACCCUUGGAUAAUUAAGAAUGCAGAGCCCCUCUAAGGGUAGCUGCAAUUUGUAAGGUCUUUGAAGUUCUAAUCUCAUUCUGUUUUUUGUAUUAAGUUUUAAACUAAUUCUACUAAAUAAUGUUGAACUUAAAAUUUGUAAUGCUCGCGAAAAUCAAAGCUUCUGUAUACGGUUACAUUCUUAGGUGUUUGUACAAGGGUCAGAUUGCUUUGGUUUUUUUUCCUCAACGUGGAAAUGUAACCAUUCAGAUUCAAGAAUGUUGAAUGGAUCAUACUACUCGAUAUUCCUGUUUUA